UCAGGUUAUGGUCACGUGGCCGUAUUUUGAUUAUCCAGGAACUGUAUGAGCGAGUAGAUGACGUGGAGCACGCGCAGGAUCAGUUUUAAACCCCAUGUUAUUGGAAUAUGAGUGCUUGGGUAUAGCUGUUAUAUUUCCUGUAGUGGACGAGAGGAUUGACACUCAGUAACGAGCUGCUAUUAAAGGGCGAGAGGACUGAGAGGACUGACUGCUCCGCUUGUCAGGUUGUCACUGCUUAACAUCUCACUCUGAUCUCACAACAUGGCUGAUGAACUGAAGUUUCAAGAGUUCGAGGAGGCUACAGAUCUCCUGUCUAGUGACCCGGGUGCCUCUACAAUCAGCAUCUCCACUCCUGGAACCGCUGGUGCAGCUGCUGCCUCUACGUCAGCGGUCAGACUGAACCUGUCGGAUGAUGAGGAGAACCAGCAGGAGAGCUCUGGGUUACUUGGAAGUGAGAAGAAAAGCAGUGGCUUCUGGACAUUUGAAUACUAUCAGUCUUUUUUCAAUGUAGAUACUGUGCAGGUGUUGGACAGGAUCAAAGGGUCAGUGAUACCUUUACCAGGACGAAAUUUCGUCAAGCAUCACAUUCGCAGUAACCCAGAUUUAUAUGGGCCAUUCUGGAUAUGUGUGUCUCUUGUUUUUUCUGUGGCCAUUAGUGGGAACCUCUCUACCUUUCUGACUCAGAAGGGCGACCCUCAAUAUCACUAUAGACCACAGUUCCACACAGUGACCAUUGCAGCAGUUGCUGUGUUCCUGUACGCAUGGCUCGUUCCGCUGGGUGUGUGGGGCUUCAUGACUUGGCGACAGAGCGCCUCACGACAGAUGAGCGCUUAUUCUUUUCUGGAGACGGUGUGUGUCUAUGGCUAUUCACUCUUCAUUUACAUUCCUACUUCGAUAUUAUGGACUGUUUCAUACGAAUGGCUGCAGUGGCUCUUGAUUCUGAUCGCCAUGUUAAUCUCUGGCUCCGUGUUGGUCAUCACCUUUUGGCCAGCGGUUCGUGACGACACCAGAAUGACUGCUUUCUCCGUUAUGGCAGCCAUCGUGCUGCUCCAUGCCCUGCUGGCCAUCGGCUGCAAGUUGUACUUCUUCCCAGCAGCAGCGCAAAUACAACCAUCCAGCUCUGUACAGAAUCAUACGGCCGUGACCAAUCAAAGCAAACCAAACUAACCAGCCCAAUGAGCUCGGGUUAGGGGGAAAACCCCCUUUUUGUUAAUGCACUACUGAAUUAACAGCUCAUAAGCAAUAUGGUGAUGGAUAUAACUUCAGCAGCUGUGGACUCGAAUUACUUCGGGUAACCUGAAAUAAUUUUUUUUUUACUCUGAUGGUAAAGUAUUAUGCAUAUAGAGCUGUGAGAUUUGUAUUGCUCUAUACUUCGAUGAAGAGGUUGGGAAACAUGAUAUUCUCUGUUAUUAUAAAUAUAAUAUAAUAUGAAUUCAUGUGAAUUUGCUGUUCUUUUUGAAGUAUAUGGAAAUUAUUGCUGUUCUAGCAGAGUCCUUUGUUUGGGGGGGAUUCUAGGCUUGUGUUGUUAACAAGAAAUGUCAUUUUGGAAGAAGGCUCAAAUGUGAGAGAACUAAUGUAUGAUUGAAAUGUAUUAUACGUCAAUAACUCCUGACCUAAACGCUCCAACCCAACCAGGAUACAAUCUCUGAUAUCUAUAAUGUGCUGAAAUCAAAAAAAAAGUGGUUACUCUUGGGUAGUUAUUACGUUGGUGUUUGGCCUUUUUUUUUUUUUUUUUUCAUUUAGAAAACUUUCAGUCAUUGCAGGAAAAAAAAAAAAAGACCUUUUUUGGGGCCGGUUCCGAAUGUUCUGUUCAGGUUCCUUGCUCAUUUUUAAGGGUCAGUAACCAUCAUGACAAGGUAUGGUUUACCUUGUGGAGUGGAAUGUGGCAUUAGCUUUGGAACCCUAGUAUUAUUUUGUUGUUUUGUUUUUUCAUUCUAAACAGUUUCACACUUAUUCAGAUCUAGGAAUGAGUGCCUUUAAAUUUCACACUUUUGUGUGUUUGUUUUUGUUUAAGACCUGCUUCGGCUCAAAUAAAGUCUCUACCAUGUGAUUGCUUGUGGUGCAAAUCAGGGCUGUGAAAAUGAACACCCAGCUAAACAGCUUACAAAUACACUACUGCCGAAAUCCAUGAAGGGAAAUGUUGAGAGAUUAUGGAUAGCAUUUAACAGGAUUAUCAAAAUGUGCACUGUGGGAAAAACGCUACUAGGGGGUGAGAACAAUUUGAAACUGCUGUUAACAUAAAUGUAAAUAAAUAGAUGUAUAGUAUUUGGCCUCUUUUACACAAGAAGCAAGACUUUAUAGGGAACUCUCCAACAUUUAAUUUGCAUGUUUUUUUUUCCUUUCCUUUUUUUUUGUGUGUGUCUGUUGCUUUUCUUGUGAAUUGAGGGGAGGGGGGAAGGGGGGGGGCUUAAUUCUACAAACUAACAGGACUUUCUCCUCAAUAAAAGUUUCUAAAUCAAAUCAAAUCAAAUCAAAGGCUGAACAGAAAGGAAAAAAAAUAUAUAAAUGGGUGACCGGAAGCAAUGCAUACCUUUUCAAAAGUCUUUCUUCUAGGCAAUGCCCAGCAUGGGGAGGUAGGAUAUGUGGGGACAGGAAAAAGGGGGAAGGAUCAGGGGUCAGAGAGGUUUGACAGGUGACCUUUGAUUACAUUUGCAGAGAAAAAAAAACAA